GACAAAGAACAUGGGCCGGAAAAGAAGCAGACCUCAAACACCUCCACAUAUUCACGAAGAUGAUCGAUAUAGGACCCCAGAACACGAGGAAACCCCUAAUGACAAAAGAAAACGAAUAUCACGAAAGAUCAAUGCUGCUAGAAGGUACUACGAAACUCUAUCACCAGAACUCAAUCCCUCAUCGAUUCAAGACCAACCUAUUCAAAGACAUAUCAGGACAACACAUAAUCUUGCUCGAAAUCCCUGCAUUGGAUGUGGGAGUCCCCAAAUAACUGCUGUUGUGGUGGAAAGCCAGUUUAUUCGUGAAGGUCAACCAAUUGCACUUAAGAUAUUAAGUGGUCAAGGUUACAAUAUUCGACGUUAUAACCGACCUACUGCUAACGAAGUUGCCGUCUUAAUGAUUGAUGAUGACAAUGUUACUAGCGGGCAUGACAUUCUCCUCCGAAAUACACAAGAAUGCCAUGCUGCAUAUGACCCACUUCAAUACCCAUUGUUAUUUCCAUAUGGCCAACUUGGGUGGCAUCCUAACAUUCCUUAUUCAACAAGCAUCAACAUUAUCGAGAGUGAUAAGCCUAAGAAUAAUGAUAAUCCUGGAGAUAGAUUCUCGGAUGACGAACCCGUUGAAUCUGAUGAGUCGAGACCAACCAGACGAAUCCGAGUUAUGAUACGAGAUUAUGCAGCAUAUCGCUUACACAUAUGCAAUCCU